AUGUCUCGAUGUCAUUUAACACAGUUUGAUCGACUUGAGCCUGUCUUGAUUUUGUCUUUAUUGACCUUACUCGAUAAAUCCAAAGAUGGAGACUGGAAAAAAGACACAGUCAGCAAAGGUGAUAUCCUAGACGAUCUAGACACGCAACCCAUUCCAAAAAAAGCUCAGCAAAAAAAGCAAAAAGCAGAACUCUUAAAUGACCAAAAGUUGCAGCUGAUGGUGAACAAAGAUGUACGGCGAUCUCAAAAGCAAAUCCAAUUGGAUGAAAAAUAUUCCAUGAGUGCUGGCAACAGUCCAGCUCAUUCACCCAAGGGAUCACCUUUACCUACACCCUCCAGCUCAGCAAGUCAGUUGAACACCAAAGAUCAGUCACUCAAGGCUUCAAGCCAUGGCAAAUUGGCUCGGCUGUUUAAUAGCUUAUCCACAUACCAACAAGACAAUGAACCUGUAUCCCGAGACCAAUCAUUGGAGAAGCACUAUGAUCAUCAGUCCAGUCUUCCUGCUGGUUAUGUGUACCGUGAUAACCCACCACCUAGUCUUAAGAGUAUUCAAUGGGAUACCAAAAAAAAGUUUUCUGGUUCUUUAGAUUAUCAAACCAAAGUACCUUACUCUAAUCGACAUUCAACCUCUGAAUACUAUUAUCAAUAA